AUGGCACAUUCGCUACGUUCUAAAUCCAAAUUAAAGUCUAAAUCUCUAAAGAGAAAGUCAGUGUUUCAAAAAUACGACGAUGAAAAGAGAAAACAGAUUUCGGAAAAAUUAAAAGAAAAUAUUGAAAAACAGCAAAAAGUAAAAGAGUAUGGUAAUGAUGGUAAUAGAGACGAAGAUAUGGUGGUUGAGCACCCUGAAGAGAAGAAGAUUUCAACGAGUGGAUGGAGAGAUGCAAGACAUCUUAAUUAUAAGAAGAUAAAUAAGAAAUUCAAAUUGAAUCGUACUCAUUUUAAAAAAUAG